CUGCAGUUGCAGUUGCUGUUGCCUUCUGGGAAUCAUUUGCGCCCUCAACCUUCCGCUGACCCAUCGACCUGGGCUAAUUUACAUAAACCUACGCAAACAUCACAGAAAUAACAAACAUUGCAUUCCCGAAAGGAUGAACCAAUAGCCCAGAUGUUGUUUUGCACAGAAAGAAACCACGCUUGGGCUUGCGCCUAUAGCACUAGACGUCAUUUUCUGGCCAUGCAGGCCCUGAACGCCCGAAAGAUCCGGGAGUCGAAUAUACCCGAAAUGGAGGCGGAUGUUAAGGCCAGCAAUGGGUGGCGUGGCAUCCAAGCUGGCGACCGCCUCCCUACGGCCGUGAGUCUGGUCAGACGUAAUCUCCCGGAAUCGGUUAGGAACGAGGUGAACACUGCAUUCCAUCAGUAUGGAAAAUCGAUGACCGAUUUGGCCAAAAGUGCCCGCAAGAUGUACAAGACUGCGCGAUUGAAGAACAUUGCUCCACAGCCAUCCGUGAUGGAGAAAGUCAAUAUCCUAGGCUUGGGUCCUGUAAAACCUCAAGAACAAAGCACUUGUGCUAUAACCGAGCGCCUUACCAAGUUGUUCUUCCAGGACCCCUGGGAUUUUCCGAAGGGUGGAGACUCAAACAAAUGAGGCAUAUCGUUGAGGCAUCAAAAUCGUAUAAAAUGGAUCUCAUUCAAGUGGUAGCUCUUAGACAUUUAAAGAAACGCAAAUGUUUGUAACUUUGUAACGUUUUUUAAAUACAAUGUCUAGUUACCAUCAA